AUGGAACAUCGCUGGAACAAUGAGAAAGCAAGAAAUUUAGCAUAUGGAGCCUUCAUCAGAUAUGAAUGUCCAAAAAUGAUCCAGGAGAUUAAAUUAAGAUCAAUACACCAAGAAACAGAUCUGCGAGUUUUUGGAAAGCCCACUGAUAACCCGGAACAGGCACUGCUAAUAUGUCACGUGACCAGUACUGACACAUCAGUGACAUCAGUACAUCUGACAGGAAAUGGGGCUUGCAGAGCCAGUGAGAUCACAGUGCCUGGACCACUACCUUCUGGAGAUGGAUCAGUGAUCAUUAGACUGACAGCAAGGAUCUCCCUAAAACAAGACAGCAACACCUGUGGCUGCAAAGUACAAACAGACAGUCGUGACAUCACUGUGUCUUGGGGAAACAUCUACAUUAACAUGGUGGAUAACUUCAGAGUUUUCUUUGCAGUCAAGAAGUCACGCCGUCCACCAAAAGUUGAUCCACAGCUGAUUGUGCAGUUUACCAGGAUGUGUGAGACUCUUACCAACCCAGAUGUACAGAGUGUGAUGGCUUCAUUCAUACAGGGUGCAGAGAUAAACAGAGAAUAUCAGGAGCGGUGGGAGGAGUGGAAAAAGUCAAAGGAUCAAAACUACUAUGAUAGAGAUUUCUAUGGUGGUCAUGUUGAGGACAUUGAUUCAUUACAGAAGGAAAAUGUGAUGAGUGAACUGGCACUGGUUCCUGUCCCUCCAUCAUCCUGCCAGGGGUCAGGCCACCGCACGGCUCUGCACAGAGCUGCCAUGGUGGGAAACAGUGAUGCCAUAGCUGCUCUCAUUCAGGGAGGCUGUGCUGUGGACCUGCAGGACAGAGACGGCAACACUGCGCUGCAUGAAGUGUCUUGGCACGGUUUCUCUCAGUGUGUCAAACUGCUGAUCAAAGCCGGAGCUGAUGUACACAUCAGGAACAAGGCAGGGAACACAGCACUUCACCUUGCCUGUCAGAACGCACAUGCUCAGACUGCUCGCCUUCUGCUACUUGGAGGAUCUAAACCAGACACCAAGAACAACGUGGGUGACACCUGUUUGCACGUGGCUGCUCGCUACAACAACCUGACCCUGGUGAAAAUCCUGCUGAGUUCACUGUGCUCUGUGAAAGAGAUAAACCAGGGAGGGGACACAGCUCUGCAUGUGGCUGCUGCUCUGAAUCAUAAGAAGACAGUUCAGCUCUUACUGGAGGCUGGAGAUGAUGGAAAAAUCAGAAACAAUGCAGGUAAAACAGCACUUGACAAGGCCAGAGACAACAACCAUAAAGAUGUGGCACUUCUCCUGGCCCGAGCUCCUCAGGUACAUCGUUUCAUGCGAGGAAGAACAAUCAGGAAACGAAGAGAAAGACUGACAGCUGAGCGCAGGACCCAGUCUGUCACAAGAGUAGAAAUACUACCAAACAACGACAACAGUUCUGUGGUGGAGGAAACACCCAGCAGUGAACAAAUGGAGAGCAAAACAACCACCAAGGUGGGUUCCCCCCACCAGCAGCAGCAUUACCUCAAGACCCUAGCUACCAUAAGCAGCCCCCACAGACACCGCAGGAAGAGGCGAGUCAAAGAGCAGCCUUUGAAGCCAGAGGAUCUGAGAAAAGUCAAAAAAGACUUGUACAUUAAGAAGAAUCUCCUCUGUGGUGAUGAUGAUGAAUAUUAUACUCUGCAGAAUGGGCAUACCUAUCAGCUUUACACACUGUACAGAGACAAGGAUGGCAGCAUUAGACAGGCACCAGCCAGUGGGUGCAACUGUAAGCCUCUCAUCAAGAAUCUGGAGGGCCAACUGAGAGCCACGCAGGAGGAGAUGAGGCUGCACAUCCAGGACGUCCAGGAGGAGGUCAACAGCAAGCUGGGCAAAGUGGACCGCCGAAACAGACACCAGAUGAAAGUGUUGGACAUGCUGAAUCAGGAAAGAGCCAUAGCUGAGAGGAAGAACAUGAUUCACAGGAUCAAGCAGGAGGUUGCUAGGGGCACAGAGGACACCAUGCUGACACAGGCAGUAGUGAGUCAUGAGAUGAAGAAAUGGUGCUUGUCCCAGCUAAAGGACAUGGAUGUCCACAUCCCAGCCAAAACCCAAUACUACAAACUGCUGUCCUCACCCUCUGUGGAGCAGUCUGUGGCAGAUGCUGACCUGGAAUCUCUCCCGCUGCUGUCUGUGGUAUCUGGAGACAGCAGCACUUCACUGGCUAACUAUGUAAACAUCCUACCAUCCAAAUCUACCCACAGUCUGAGAGGAACAGAGCAGGAGCAAAUGGGGAGCAGGACAUAUUUUGAAAUGAAGGUGGACAGGUCACCAGAUGACUAUGAGAACACAGCCCUGUUCCCUACACCAGCUAAACAGACCUCAGGGUUACUGCUUGGCUCUGCUGACACCUAUUGGCAUCCUCCAGGAGUGCAAGACAGUCCCACAAGAGCAGUGGUGCCACUGUGUGGGGAUGACUUCUCAAGCAACAGCAGCCAGUCCAGCAUUAGUGACCAGGGACCCUCAAGGAUCCAACAUCAAGGACCAGGCUGUGAUAGACAAAACAGGAAACACUUUGGAGAGCUGGUCAGAGCAGGAAUACACACUGACUGCACCAAAACACUGGAGUUCUUCAUCGACCGUCCUGCUGAGCCCACAUUCAGCCAGGAGAGGAACAAUCUGCAUGCUAUGGAGGUGACUCAACGUUUCUUUGAGAAUGUGUCGGUUCAGUUGGAGCGCUGGUAUGACAGGAAGGUCUUGGAAGUGGAGCAGCAGACAGAGCUCAGAGCGCAUCAGGACAGGAAGGAGCUGCUGCAGCGAAUCAGCUUACUCGAGGAGGAGCUGCAGAGGCUGAAGACCAAUGAGAAUGUCGAAAGCUGA